AUGGUCACAGAGCGGGAGGACCGGUCUUGCGCUUCCGUCGGCAGCUGGUGGUGGCCUCUGAGAGGCAUGUGCUGUUCUCCAGCUCUUUCCAAGCCCCCAGCAGGGCCCUACGCCACUUUUGGGAGUGACGCGCUGGGGCGCGUCCUUGCACUCUGCGCCGGCCCCGUCAUCCUGACGGAGGGACUCUGGACCCACAGUCUGACGCCGUCCGCCUCCAGGCGAACAGUGACCCAAGCAGCUGGAGCAGCAGCAGCCUGGAGGGGGAACCUGCGUCCACUGUGCCCUCCCAGCUCAGGGGAAACUUGCGGAUUCUCCUGGCAAAAAUAA